CGCCCUGCCCCACUCGCGCAGCGCGGGCCUCCGCCGGCCGCAUUGUCCGUUCACCCACCCCACGCCGUCCCGCGUCUCCGCUCCGCGUGAGUCGCAGCCCCAGACUCGGGCCCGACUCGGCCCAGCGCGCGGCACCGCCCGGGGGACCUCGUCGCGGGAAGAGCCACGCAAGUCUCCCCUUCAGGAGAGGGUCCCCAUCCUGCCCCAUCAUGUCAAGACGAAGCCAGCGUCUCACGCGCUACUCCCAGGAUGACAAUGACGGCGGCAGCAGCAGCAGCGGCGCAAGCUCUGUGGCUGGAAGCCAAAGUACCCUGUUUAAAGACAGUCCUCUCAGGACUUUGAAGCGGAAGUCCAGCAACAUGAAGCGCCUGUCCCCAGCACCACAGCUGGGCCCCACCUCUGACUCCCACGCCUCCUACUACAGCGAGUCUGUGGUUCGGGAGUCCUACAUAGGCAGCCCGCGGGCUGCUUCCCUCGCCCGGAGCGCCCUCCUGGAUGACCGCCCACACAGUGAGCCCUAUUGGAGUGGGGACCUGCGGGGGAGAAGGAGGAGAGGCACAGGUGGUUCCGAGAGCAGCAAAGCCAACGGGCUCACCACCGAGAGCAAGGUCUCAGAGGACUUUUUCGGCUCUUCCUCGGGCUAUUCUUCAGAAGACGACUUUGCAGGCUACACGGACUCUGACCAGCAUGGUUCAGGGGCUGGGAUAAGGAGUGCAGCAUCUCGGGCGGGCUCCUUUGUCUGGACUCUGGUCACUUUUCCAGGCCGGCUCUUUGGUCUUCUGUACUGGUGGGUUGGCACCACCUGGUACCGCCUGACGACCGCUGCCUCCCUCCUGGAUGUCUUCGUCUUAACCAGGUCCAGGCACUUCCCACUGAACCUGAAGACUUUCCUGUGGUUCCUCCUGCUCCUGCUCCUCCUGACUGGUCUGACCUACGGUGCUUGGUAUUUUUACCCCUUGGGGCUGCAGACAUUGCAACCAGCUGUGGCCUCCUGGUGGGCAGCAGAGGAGAGCAGGAGGCCACCUGAGGCGUGGAAAUCCAGAGAUGCCUCCUCGCACUUCCAGGCUGAGCAGCAGCUUCUCUCCCGGGUGCACUCCCUCGAACGGCGCCUGGAAGCUCUUGCUGCUGAGUUUUCCUCCAACUGGCAGAAGGAGGCCAUACGGCUGGAACGCCUGGAGCUGCGGCAGGGGGCUGCUGGUCAUGGAGGUGGCAAUGGUCUGAGCCAUGAGGAUACCCUGUCUCUCCUAGAAGGGUUGGUGAGCCGCCGUGAAGCUGCCCUGAAGGAGGACUUGCGCAGGGACACGGUGGCUCGCAUCCAGGAAGAACUGGCUACCCUGAGGGCAGAGCAUCACCAGGACUCAGAAGACCUCUUCAAGAAGAUAGUCCAGGCCUCUCAGGAGUCUGAAGCUCGGGUCCAACAGCUGAAGACAGAGUGGCAAAGGAUGACCCAGGAGGCCUUCCAGGAGAGCUCUGUGAAGGAGCUGGGACGGCUGGAAGGCCAGCUAGCCAGCCUGAGGCAAGAGCUGGCGGCCCUGACUCUGAAGCAGAACUCAGUGGCAGAUGAAGUGGGACUUCUGCCACAGAAGAUCCAGGCUGCCAGGGCUGAUGUGGAAUCCCAGUUCCCAGACUGGAUCAGUCAGUUCCUUCUCCGAGACAGGGGUGCCCGCAGCGGGCUCCUACAGAGAGAAGAGAUGCAGGCUCAGCUGCAGGAGCUGGAGAGCAAGAUCCUUGCCAGCAUGGCUGACAUGCAGGGCAAGUCGGCCCGGGAGGCUGCUGCUUCUCUGGGACAGACACUGCAGAAAGAAGGCGUGGUUGGGGUGACAGAGGAGCAAGUGCACAGGAUCGUCAAGCAGGCCCUGCAGCGCUACAGUGAGGACCGUAUUGGAAUGGUGGACUACGCCCUAGAAUCAGGAGGCGCCAGUGUUAUCAGCACCCGGUGUUCUGAGACGUAUGAGACAAAGACGGCCCUCCUCAGCCUGUUCGGCAUCCCCUUGUGGUACCACUCCCAGUCACCACGAGUCAUUCUCCAGCCAGAUGUGCACCCGGGCAACUGCUGGGCCUUCCAGGGACCCCAGGGCUUCGCAGUGGUGCGCCUCUCUGCCCGCAUCCGCCCCACGGCCGUCACCUUAGAGCACGUGCCCAGGGCCUUGUCACCCAACAGCACUAUCUCCAGUGCUCCCAAGGACUUUGCCAUCUUUGGCUUUGAUGAAGACCUGCAGCAGGAAGGGACGCGUCUUGGCACAUUUACCUAUGACCAGGAUGGGGAGCCUAUCCAGACCUUCUACUUCCAGGCCCCUAAGAUGGCCACAUACCAAGUUGUGGAGCUUCGGAUCCUGACCAACUGGGGCCACCCUGAGUAUACGUGUAUCUACCGCUUCCGGGUGCAUGGAGAGCCUGCCCACUAGCCCUCUGAGACCUUGUGCCUGCUGCUAGCCAUCUGGGAGGCUCACUCUUCCCAGCAGCUACCCCUGCUGAGAGUAGGUGCAAAGCACCCCACCACUACCCGCACAUGCUUGAUAGUGCUGACUUCCAGGAGUGAGAACGUAGAGGCAGCACGUGUAGGAUUCCCUGCACAGCCAAGCGCCUCCAGGUCAUCCACAGGCUCCCAUGCUUUUCUCCGUCCUCUCCCUAGAGCUAGGUGCCUACCAGGGUGUAUAUAUGUAGAAUACUUCGGAAGACUGGGAGCCAGGAAGCGAGACUAUAUUUGGUGAAGAGACUGGCACCAGGGAGCUCCUGGUAGGUGCCAAAGCCAUGGAUGUGCCAAGCCAGAGUCCCAGGGAGGUGAGCUGGGGGUCUUGUGGCCUUUUGGGACAGUGCUUAGCACUGUGCAGCUGGGGUUGUCCCUGGCAGGUGCCUGGUGAAGGACUCAGAGGCUGCUGUACUCCUCCAGUGUGGCAGGUGCCAUGACCCACAGGGCCCCCGGUGUUUCCUGUGUGCUUCUGAGGGCUGUACAGUGCUGGGGACCAUUGCUUUUUCUCCUGAUGUGGAGUCUACUUUGCUCCAUUCCUGCUGCAUCCUGCCUGUGCUCCACAGCAAGCUUUCCAGUGCCCAGGGGAGAACCUCGGCCUGUCUUUGGGGCCGUUCUAUCAGGGUAGUCUAGAAGAGUGGAGAGAUGACUUUGUGUGGGUUCUCCUGGUCCAGUGCCAAUAGCCAGGGGUGGUUCAAGGUCUCAGGUGGAGGGGGCUACACUAGCCCACCCCAUCUAAUGAGACCCUAGUGAGGGGCCUGUCGGCUCUAAAGCAACUUCCUGGGGCUCUCAGCUCUUACUUAGAUUGUUUCCUUUCUGGCUCCUUCUCUAUGGGGGCAGUUGAUGGGGACUGAGAGGGAGCCUGGCAAGUUACCUUGUGUCGGGAAAGGAAGAGGCUUUUAGACCGAACAACCCUGCUGUAUUAUAUAUAGAAUUCUCAAGG